GAAGGCCAUGAAGGAGGGAGCGGAUCCCUACAGCAUGAUGAAGCCUAAAGUGUACGCUGGCUCCAAGGCGGAUCCUCACCUCGUCCCCUCCAUCACUAACAAGAGGAUUGUGGGAUGUGUCUGUGAAGAAGACAACACGGCCGUGGUGUGGUUCUGGCUCCACCAGGGCGAGGCCCAGCGCUGCCCGUCCUGUGGUUCCCACUACAAACUGGUGGCCCACGAGCUCCCCCACUAACUCCCCCACACACCUUACUAGAGACAUAUGUCUCCAUUGACAUGUCUCUAGUAACAUACUGCAUGUUGCCAUUGACAUGUUACUAGACACAUGUCUUCAUUGACAUGUCUAUUGAUAUGUUACUGGAAACAUGUCUCCAUUGACAUAUGUUAUUAGACGUGUCUAGAGACAUGUCUCCAUUGACAUAUUUUAUUAGACGUGUCUAGAGACAUGUCUCCAUUGACAUAUGUUAUUAGACGUGUCUAGACACAUGUCUCCAUUGACAUAUAUCUCUAGUAACAUACUGUAUGUCUCCAUUGACAUGUUACUAGACACAUGUCUCCAUUGACAUGUCUAUUGAUAUGUUACUGGAAACAUGUCUCUAUUGACAUGUUACUAGAGACGAAUGUUCGUGGAGAUGUUAUUAGAGACGUCCAUCGUUAUAUGGACAUGUCUUACGCAGCUGAAAUAUUCCUCGUAGCUUCAGAGCGGGGAGAAGAUCAGACCGUCUCCAGGGAGGUUAUUUAUCCUGGAGCGUCAUUUCCUGGCGUCUGAUUGGUCUCCGACUCGUUCUGUGUGGAGAUGUUCCGGUCCCAGGUCUCCGGUCCCGAUACCGAGCACCCGUCUGGUACCAGCCUGUAACUCAUUCAUGUUUAUCAGCUGUGUACUACUAUCAUGUUGUCCUCGGGUCAAAUUCUUUUUGUUUUAUAACAGAAAAUAUUGGGGGAAGGCAAUUAAUAAAAAUGAUGAAACUGCCAAAAACAUACCUACAAACUUUAGGAAAAGAGCAAUAAAAGGCCACCAAAAAUGACCAAAACAUUAAAAAAGGUCACUAAUACAUCAAGAAAAAGGAAUAGAAAGACCAAAGCGUUGACAAAAACCACCUGUUUUUGGGGAAGACGACACAAGGGUUACCCAAAAUACCAUAAAACAUGGAAUAGAUUCCCUACAGCGCUCUUUAAAAUACAACUGAUCACUUUC